AUGCCUUCCGUCCCUGCUACUGAGCUCCGUUCUGCGGAUGUUGCUGCCGAUCCCAGCGUCAAGCCCGGCGCCGCCGUCAACAAUGGGAUCCCGCCACCGAAGCUGGACUUGCCUUACCCUGACAGCGUCGAGAUUAUCACAGCCAACCUGUUGAAGAUGCUCGAGAGUGCGCCUACUCCGCGCCUGCGGUUCGUCUUCAAGAACCUUGUUACGCUGCUUCACCAAUUCGUAACCGAGACUAACAUCACGACGGACGAGUGGAUGUCAACACUCCAGUUCCUCACGCGAGUCGGGAAGAUGUGCACCGAUACUCGGCAGGAGUUCAUCCUCCUGAGCGACGUGCUCGGUGUUAGCGCGCUUGUGGAUGCCAUCAACAACCCUGCGAUCGGCGGAUCGACAGAGAACAGCGUUCUCGGUCCGUUCUUCACGGAAGACGCGCCGGACAUUCAACUUGGUGAUAGCAUUGCUAGCGAAGGCAAGGGUGAUUACAUGUACGUGGAAGGUCGUGUCCUCAACACCAAGGGCGAACCUAUCCCCGGCGCUGUGAUUGAGACGUGGGAGACGGAUGACAUGGGCUUCUACGACGUACAAUACGCCGACCGCUCUCAGGCUGAUUGCCGCGGGCGUCUGAGAACGGAUGCAGAAGGUUACUACGGUUAUCGCGCGGUUGUUCCUGUGGCGUACCCUAUUCCAGGCGACGGCCCCGUUGGCGAUCUACUGGUCAUGCUGAACAGACAUAACAUGCGGCCUAACCACUUGCACAUGAUGAUCGAGGCUCCCGGAUACAAGAAGCUCACCACCGCAUUCUAUCCCGAAGGCGACCCUUACCUCGCGAGCGAUGCCGUCUUUGGUGUCAAACGGUCGUUGGUCGUGUCGUUGAAAGAUGUGGAGGACGAUGCCGAGGUCCGAAAACGCGACUUCCCUAAAGGCAGCAAGUUCAAGCUUCUUCAGUUCGACUUUGUUCUACCGACAAAUGAGGAAACCCGUCAAGCCCUCGAGCUUCGCGCCAAGGAGCUAGGUAUCGCGCCGGAGGAGAUGCGCGAGAGCGCUCCGCGCGUAUAG